GAUGAGAUAAACAGUGUCGUUAAUGAAGAAUUAAAGGAACUUCUAGAAAAAAUUACGAAUCAUGGGCAUUGGAAACAGAAGGAAUUUGACCAAUACUGCAAGGAGAAUAUUGGUUCUUCGUGGUCAAACGACACCGGCGGAGAAAAAACUGCAAAGCAAAAAGCUUGUAAGCUUUUUGCUUUAGGUUUAAAACACAUUUCUGAUAUUAAGAACAACAACAACCAAAAGGAUGAUCAUGCUGUACCACUUAAACAAACUAUGAUGUGCGCAGCACUUAAUCUUUAUGCUGAUCAAUUAAUUACAAAAGCAACAGAUCAAUGUCCUCUCGAUGGAACUAAAUUGGGACAGGCAAUAAAAUACGCUUUUGAUAAUAAUAGUAAUGCCACUAGGAGUGGAGCAAAUUCAUGCAAAACUGGUAGUGGUACUAAUUCUUGUUUCUUUUGCGAAAGACAUGAAAAUUUUCCCGAUUGCCGAAUUGGCAGCAAUCCCACUGACAAAGUAAAGGACAGAAUGAUCGACCUCCUCAACAACGAAGACGCAACCAACUCCGAACCCAAAUCCAACACCCCUAACAUGACCAAAACACUAAACAAAAUAAAUAAAAUAGAAUCAUUCUGUACUCAAGUCCAAUGUGCCAUUAAACAAUACGGAAUGAGGAACAAUAAAAAAAAAGGCCAGAAUGGAACAGUGACUUGGGAUGCCUUGAGCAAUGAGAUCGGAAAGGAAUUAAAUGAACUUCUAGAAGAUAUGAACGACUCCAAGAAGCAGUCGGACGCUGCCAAAUAUUGCAAUGACAACAACCCCCCAUGGUAUAAACUUGGCCAUAAAGAAAGGAAAACAAAUAAAGCAGCUUGUUUGCAUUUUGCUGCAGGACUGCAGCACGUUUAUACCCAUGGUAUUGCCCAAAGGAAGGGCCAUGUUAAGGGCCAGUUUAAUGGCCCAUCGCUUGAACAAACGAUGGGUUGUUUAUUUCUUAAGGAAUAUGCAAAACAAUUAAAAGAAAUGGCAAAUAAGAAAAAACAAGGACAUAGUUGGGUACAUCCUCUUUGUGACAUAGAUAAGGGCAUAACACAUGCUUUUAGCAAAAGUGAAAAAAUUAUGGAAGAAUCACCUCAAUGCAAAGAUACUAAUGAUCCUAAUUCUUGUUUUGAAUGCACAUUAAAGGAUGAUUAUAUUAAUUGCUCCAUUGGCCAAGACAGUGUAAAGGACAAAGUGGAAUCAAUGUUCAAGGACGAUUCCAUGAAACAAGAACAAAUGGAAAAAACAUUAGAGAAUACAGUCUGUCCCAUCCUUCUUACGGAUCUCCUUACCCCUUUUCUUCCUUUGGCUCCUGUCUCCAUUGGCCUUUCUGCUAUGGCUUAUUACCUUUGGAAGUAUUUUGGCCAACUGGGUAAAAUAAGACGUUUCAGAAGAGCUCCUUUAAGAAUUCCUGGUUCAUCGGUACAGGAACAAGUCCUCGAUCAUGUGCAGCAGGAAGCCGGUCCACAUGAAUAUCGAUUGGUGAAGGAACGAAAACUUCGUUCUGCUCCAACCAGAACGAAGCGUUCUGGUCGCGUGAAUCGUCGCACGAUUAUUGAAAUUCAUUUUGAAGUGUUGGACGAAUGUCAAAAAGGGGACACCCAAUUGAACCAGAAGGAUUUUCUGGAACUUUUAGUUCGAGAGUUCAUGGGAAGCGAAUUUAUGGAAGAAGAACAGGUUCCUAAGGAAGAGGUUCUUAUGGAAGGUGUUCCUUUGGAACGAGUUCCCAUGGAAAGUGUUCCAAUGGAAUGUGUUCCAAUGGAACGUGUUCCAAAUUUAGGUUCCGGGUUUAUGGUUUAA